UUAUUUUGGCUACAAUAUUUGCCUUUGGCAUUUUGAUGACAAUAUGCAAUGCUGCCUGCUACAGACAAAUGAAUGAACCAUCCCCUGAUGGAGAGGAACCCAAGGGUUGUUUGGAUGAAAAUGGCGUGCUCCAUGAAUUUAAUACUCGGUGGAGGACGAAAAAUUGCUUGGACUGCAGUUGUGGAACUGCUCAGAUGACCUGCUGCUCAGCUCAUGGUGAACCUGUCAACUAUGAUGAAAAUGAAUGUUUUGUCAAGUAUGAUAAGGAUGCUUGCACCGUGGAAGUACUACAAAGGAAGGAUCCUACAAAGCAGUGUGAGCGCUAUGGACUGAUUGGCUAACGAUGAGGUUAGCAUAAUCCAGAUUCCGUCCUUAAGCCUUCUCUGAAUCUACUGAAACCAUGACGAUCAAAGCUGUAUUGAAUACCUUUGUUAAUUAAUAAAAUAGUCAUGUUGAGUG